AUAGGCCUAAUAAGAUGGCAGUUUCUCCUUCCUCAGUGCCUGGCAAGUCGGAUUACAUUUCAUAUGGAACCCUUGAAAAAUAUAUCUCUGCCCCUAGCUCUGUCUCAAAUACCCCGUACAGCCGCGGGUGUAGUGCCGUGACCCGUUGCAACAGACCUCCAUAG